AUGUCAAAGGAAAUCAACAUUCUUCUCUUUGGGCAGACGGGCGCCGGCAAGUCGACGACACUGAAUGCGCUGGCCAACUACUUUCGUUGUAGCACCUUCACCGAGGCGCUCGAGACGAUUGAGCAGCUGAGCGAGGUGAUCCCCUCGCAGUUCACCCUGCCGCACCCUGAGACGGGCGAGUCGGUGACCAUCAGGUCGAACUGCGUCGAUGCAAAUGCCAGUGCAAAUGAGUGCAGCGAGGUGGGCGCCUCUGCGACCAUCCACCCCAACGGGUACCUUUUUCCAUUUGGCGGGAACGUCCUGCGCAUCAUCGACACGCCCGGCAUCGGCGACACCGCCGGCACCGAGCAGGACCGCCGCAACUUUGAGGGCAUCCUCACCUACCUGCAGAUGCUCAAGUCGCUGCACGGCAUCAUCUUUAUUGUCAACGGCACUGACAAGCGCAAGACCACCUUCUUCCAGUACUGCAUCACCCAGCUGAUGACCUACCUGCACAAGAGCGUCGUGCAGAACAUCGUCUUUUGCUUCACCUACAGUCAAAUCACUCCAGGCACUUUUGGCCCGGGUGACGGAUUUGACGUGCUGAAGGCCUUCUUUGAAAAGGAAAUCUCCGAAGUGGGCAUCCGCCUGGAAAAGGGCCGAAACGCCUUCUUCAUCGAGAAUGACGCCUACCGCUUGUUGGUGGCAAAGAAGCAGGGCUACGAGUGGAAGCCGAUUCAGAAGAUGCUCUGUGAGGAGAGCUGGAACUACUCGGUGAAACAGUGCGUCGCCAUGUUUACCACCAUUCAGACGUUUACGCCACACGACCUUGAUGACACCAUCUCGCUGAACAACGCAAAGAAGGUCAUCUCAGAGUUGGUGGAGCCCAUCAUCCGCCUGACGCAGAACAUUGAGAAGAACAUCGCCAAGAUCGAGAAGAACAAAGAAAAACUGAAUCGAGCCAGCACUACCAGAGAAGACUUGAAGGAGCUGGUGGAGAUGGAGGUAGAAGAUCUGGAGAAACAGUCCACCGACAUUCCGAAGAUGGUGUGCACUAACUCCAACUGUCCGGAAAAUGUCUUUCGGGGUCACGAGAAAGCUAGCUACAGUACGGUGUGCUGCAAACCGUGCAAUUGCUAUCACUUUGUGGACACAUUUCUUGAUGAUAUUUCGAAAACUUUUUGCUCUGCCAUGGCGUUUAAACUUUUUGAGUUUUCUUUUGUUUGUCUACGGUGCACUUGCAAAACUUCUGAUCAUGAGGCAAUUUGCUAUGAGUACGUGAAAAUUAAGCGCAAGGUAGUGAAUGAAAACGCCAAAAAGCUGCUCAGUGAAACAAACGACAUGAUUGAACAAAAAAAGCGUUUGCUUAAAAACUUUAACGAUCAAGUGCAAAACAUGGAACGGGAACUUGAAACAAUUGAGAACAUUGGAGCUCAGUUUGAUUAUUUUUUGGCGGCAAACUCUUUGUUUGUAAGUUAA